AUGUCGAUAUCUCCACCACCAUUCAGUCCACCUCGAUCUGGCUCAAGCGAAGAAGACAACAACGAUUACCUCAACAACCUCGUCGACGCCGAUGAUGAUGAUGAAUACAUUGAUUCACCACGAACCUUAAUUUCAUCAUUUGAUCUGUACAAAAAUGCUAUUGAUCGCUUACGCUUAUCAGUUAAAUCGCAAUCCAUUGAACAGCAACAGAGUUCAUUAGAUCAUUUUAAACCAUUAUCCACACGAACAAAUGCAUGGUUAUACAUGCGUAUUCAUGAUGAUUUAUUCAGUAUACUAUCAGAACAUUUAUUAACUGACAAUUUAGAAAUCCAAUCAACGGUCUUGAGUAUUUUUGGAAAUAUUGCUUGUGAACAGGCAUCACAUGAACAGAUCUUCGAAACUAAUUUAAUCGAAAUUGUCUGUCAGAAAAUCGUCGAUGUCAGUGAGAUCGAUAUCAUUAAUCGUUGUUUUCGAUUGUUAGGCAAUGUUUGCACUGCAGAAGAUGCUGCACGGAAAAUGAUCGAUGCUGACUUGGCUCGAUCGAUGGGAAAUGUUUUACGCGAUUGUUCAGAUCCGGCAUGUUUGCAUUCAACUGUUCGUUGUUCAAGGAAAUUGAGUACAUAUGCAUUCUGUCGUGAUCGAAUGUUGGAUUCAGCGUGUCUGCUAUGCAUAUGUAAACUAUUAUUUGCUGAAAAGGUUGCUUUGAGAAAAGAAGCAAUGAAAGCUGUGUUAGAAUGGGAUACUGAAAGUUCAGAUCGAAGUCGUUGCCAAUUACGCGAAGGUGAUAUCUUUCGUUUUCUAAUUACAACGAUUGAAGCCAAAUCAGAUAAAGAAUAUCGUCAUAUUGCAUUUCGUCUUUUAAAUAAUCUUUUGCGACAUAGUGAUAUGCGUACGGAAUUUGGUGCACGUCAAGGUUUAGACUUCCUAUUGAAAUUAAUUACAAAUCAUCAAUACCAAUCCACGUACGAACAUUUGAAAUUUAUUGGUUUAUUUUGUGUCUGUUGUCAAGACACCAACAAUCGUCGUUUAAUCAAAGAGGAUAUCAACAAAUUACAACUAAUUUUCAACUAUUUAGAAAAAUACCAGUAUCGAUCAAAUUUUCUGGAUUUAUUAUUAACAGCCAUCGGACAAUUCAUAUAUGAUGAGCAAUCAUUGAGUAUCUUUGUGAAGCAAAUGCAGUUUAUUGAACGGAUGUGCGGCCUACUGGAAUCAGUGGUUAUGGUUAAAUAUGAAAAUAAUGAGAAAAGAUCUGGAGCUGAUAAUGACGAAGAUUCACGAAAAACGAAGCGAAUCAAAACAGAGCACACGACUGACGGUAAACAACAACGUAUUUCCGUAAUGAUUGAUAUCAGCGAAAGUUUAUUUACUGAAUUUGUUGAAAAUACACACUUGGAUGAAGAACGGCCAGCAUCAUCAUCAUCAUCAUCGGCUCAGAUUCCUUUGACAAACACAAAUAUUGAAACCCGUCGUCGUACUGAAGCAUUAAUUUUUACCUUGUUAUCGAAGUUCUCCUACGAUACAACGGAGAAAACUCUUCGACGUUCGCUGUAUACCCGUCGGCUUGUUUCCGUCCUGCUUCGAUACAUUUCUCUAUGCGAUGAACCCAAUCCACGUGCCGUACGAAUACUUUCUCGUUUGACAAAAAUGACCGACUGUACAGAAUAUUUACUCGAUCUUGGCUUACCCUAUUUGAUGUCGUCAAUUUUCUAUCACAAUAACUCUUCGAAACAGUCCCACGAGAAACCUACCAGCGAUGAUCAGUAUUUAUUCGAUAUUCUCCUCAAUGAUAAUCGUGCAUUUUUUCAACGCUUGUCGUGGACGAACGAACAGAAUCGGCUGAAAGCUAUUGAGUACAACCUAAUCAAGAACAUUGACAAUUGCCUGAAUACACCGUACGGUGUCAAUGAAGUCAUUCGACGAUUAAGUGAUCCGACUGUUGAUGAUAAAUCUCAUUUGAUGCUCACCGUGGUCGCUACGCUAAAAGAACAAGCGUUAAAAUCUAUUCUGUUUGAUAAAUGCUCAGGUUACGAUCAUUUACUCCUUCAAUCCACUGACGUUACUUCUUUUUGGGCUUUUCACAAGAUAGUUAGUCGAUGUACAUCUCAACAGGAUAGAAACUAUCUUUCUGAAUUUCUCAGUGAACUACAGAAACAUUGUCAAAGUUUUCCAGUCACUCAACAAACACCUAUUGAAUUGAAUAUUAAUAAUCAACAAUUGCUAACUGUUAACAUUGAUCUCUUAAGUGUACAUUCCGAGUAUUUUCAAUCCUUAUUUCACAGUCCUUUUGCUGAACGUCAUCGAUCGAUUAUUCCAAUUUAUCUACCCGAAACAGUCCCAAUCGAGUCAUUCACACAUUUAAUUAAUCUGCUUGAAAAUAACAACGAAAUCAUUCAACUAGAUCGCAUCAAGGAUUUAUUUCUUCUUUGUGAUAAAUAUCUUCUUGAUUAUUUACCCUACCGUCUCGUUCAUUACGUAUUGGAAGAAUUCCUUCAGGGACGAACAACUGAACUUGUCGAUAUUGUAUCUAAGCCAAAUUUAGUCUCAUGUCUCAUUCGAGCGUUUUUCUCUCAUUUAUUAAUCAAUAAUGCAAAUAGUUCUCUGGACGUCUUUUCCAAACUACUCACAUCCUAUCCGAACGAACUUCGGAUAUUGAUCCAUUCACUCGUACGGCAAACAUGUUGGUUUCAUGAUGAACAUUCACCUUUUCUGUCGUGA